AUGUCAGGAAUUCGGCAAGAGUAUAGUUGUGAGAAUAUCCAUGUAAUACUAUUUUCAUUUUUCAUGAUAGAAGGUUUGUUACUUUCUGCAUCAUUUACAACAGUGACUUUAAUGGGAGUGGAUCGGUUUCUGGCAAUUUUCUUGCAUCUUAGAUACAACGAACUAGUGACUCCAAAGCGAACGGUCACCGUAGUACUUGCGUCGUGGAUUUUCGGACUCGCUACCACUAUCAUCUCUGUCUUCUGGUAUUUUAAGGCUGGGGAGACACUUUUGCUAAUUUUUGGUUAUAGCUGUACGCUUUUACUUAGCAUCAUAUACAUUAAACUUUUUUCCGUCGCUCGUCAGCACGCAGCAAGCAUAAACAGCCAAGCGCAGGUGGCAAUACAUUUGUCAAGUUUCACAAGCAUGGCUCGGAGCAAAAACUUGGCCAUCAAAACAUUUUAUGCAUAUGUUGUAUUUUUGCUGUGUUAUUGUCCUUAUUUAAUCGUCUUAACUGUGUUGUUUGUUAGUUCACGGCCGCGUACAACAAUUAAGGGAGCUGUUCAACUUACAACAGUUUUAAUGAUGCUCAAUUCAUCGUUAAACCCUCUGGUGUUUGGUUGGAAAAUGAGGGAAGUUCGUCAAAACGUUAAGAAUUAUUUUAAAAGUAAAUUUUUCCAUAAAUCAGAUGAAGCCUUCUGUCGGGUUACACGUUUUAAUGAUGCUCAAUUCAUCGUUAAAACAGCAGCCAAACAUCAAACUACUCCAGCUUAGUCCUAAGUAGAAAAAAAUAAUGCUGGCGGGAAACCUGGGUGUAACUCCGCGUCGAGAACCUCCCUUAGCUUUAACAACUAUAGAAGGUUGUUGUUUUUUUUUUCAAAUCCAUCAGAUAGUGAUAAGGCAUCAAAGGUUUUUAGUGCAUUUUGUCUGGGACUUAAACGGAUUGACUUUCAAGCAUGGAAUGCUUGCCAAGGGCAAUUUAUGACCUCAUUUAUUUAGCUGUCAUUUUUCUUCCUUGCAUGUACGGUUUUAAUAUAAGUAGUUAUUCGUGUUUAUUUGCAAUCUUUCUUGAUAGUUCAGUAAUAUAUCUUUCGUGCAUUUAAUAAUUUUAACUACUGGGAGUGUGUCGAAGGACUUGGGUGUGGGACUGAAGGAAACGACAAUUCUGUGUUUGGGAGGCUUAAGAGGAACUGCCACGUUACGGAGCAUUGCGAAAUUGCGACUGAUUCUAGGGCCUUAAAUAAACCUAGAAAAAUAACCAAAAACUUCCACCGUAAAUUCUCAUUUAAAAAUGCUUUAAAUCAUGGGUACAGAAGCCCAUAAAAUGACAGUAAAUACAAGCAGAAGUAUAUAACUCUGUUCCAAUGCAGGAGUUUUGGAGUUCCUAUGCCUGAACUUAACUUAUAUGAUAAAUAUAACCAACAUAGUAUACAAGUGUUGGAUUUCUUCGUUGAAAAAGCUCAUCGUACUUCGUGGCGUUUUAAUAAAGAUUAAAAAUGACAUUUCAUAGGAGGCAAUUUAUGGACUUGAUGUAAUGUGGUUUUUUUAUUUGUGCAAAUUAUCAGGAAACGUUUUCCCCCUGUCAGUUCUGACAACACACCUUAACUUACUGGAAAAUACAGUGAAAACAAAGGCCGAAAAGCUAAGUAGAAGCCGAUUGAGUAGAUUGAAUUAUUUAAUAGAUCAAAUUUUUUUUUACUUGUUUUCCAUCGCGAGAUGCUCGCCGCCACUUGCUUUUUAUUAUUAAGCAACGCUAAAUAAUAUUGUAGCAGAAUAAUCCCCGAUUUUAAAUACCACAGGAGAAAAGUGAUAGGUUAGCCCAUAGUUUAAAAUGUUUAAUUCUGUUGGUUUAAUGUUAUUUAAUUGACGGUUUUGUCGGUAUCAUCUUUUAACUAAUUUCUAUUCGGGUGAUUUAAUUCGUCUAUUUUUCACCUUGGGGCCAUUCACCUGGUCAGUAAUAAUAACAUGUCGUUUUAGACUCAGACCAACUGGUUUUUUCUUUGUACUCAGUAAUGAUGCCGAAUGAUCAGCGACUGAGAUGUUAGAUAAGUAGUAAAGUACCUUCAGACAGUUUUAGCUAAAGAAAAAUAUUUAUAAUUCAACCUACGUUAUGAAAAAUAGAGGAUUGUUGUUUUGGUCUAAAAUAAAAAAAACCCAACAAUUCAAAUUAUGCCACGUACAUACAUUCAUUUAAAUUUUUAGUGGUUUUUUCAUGCCUGGAGGCUAAGCAAGCCACAGAGUUGGCGCUGACUUUGGUUCAGUGCCUUUUAGCAGUCAACCUCAAAGAAACAUUACAAAGCACAGGAUGGUCAAGCACUAAUCCAUCUCGUUGCUCUCUCCAAGAAAUACGAUAUGAUUGUCUUAAUAAAAAUGAAACUGACAUUACUUAACUUUCGUACAAUAUUUAUUCUGGACUCUUUUAUUUAACUUUAUCAAUAUUAAUUGUUCAAGAGGACUGUAUUUGUUUUAUUAUUAGAGAAUUAAGCUAUUUGAAAAAUUAUAUCGGUGAGCUAAUUUGUCAGUCAAAACGACUAAAAGUGCUAAUUUCAUGCGCUUACGUAAAAUAAGAAAAUUAAGAAAGUUUUUUAUUCUCCUUGUACAAAUUACCUUCAGAACGUCAACCGCGUAAAAGCUACUUGAUGCGCAAGAUCACUACCUUGUAAGUCAGGGGACGCUGCGUAUACAGAAGUUAAAAUGGCAGCAUCACUCAAACUUUGCAAUGAGGUUUUGAUGAAGUACUAUGGAAAACCUGAAGAAGUUUACCCUCUAUAUAUUGUAAUGUGUGUCCUUAAUGGUUUUCUCUCGGUGACCGCUGUUUUUGGAAACGCAAGCCUAAUUUCUGCGCUGAGAAAAACUUUAUCAAUUCCUUCGUCAACGAGAACUCUACUUUGGUGCUUGGCGAUAACAGACCUUACUACUGGGUUACUAGGUCAUCCACUCUACAUCGCCGUAAUUUCAAAAGUUCGGCAAAAUUAUAGCUGCGAGAACGUUCAUGAAAUUUUGCUAGCAUUUUUCCUGAUACAAGCUUCGUUAAGUGGUUGCUCAUUAAUGGCGGUGACUUUCAUCGGAGUGGAUAGGUUUCUUGCAAUUUAUUUGCAUCUUAGAUACAAUGAACUAGUCACUACAAAGCGAAUAAUCACCGUGGUACUUGCGUCGUGGACUUUUUCCCUGGCUACCAUUUUUAUAUGUGUCUUCUGGUAUUUUAAAGUUGGAGAAGUGGUUUUGCUUAUUGUUGCUUACUGCUCCACGGUUUUGCUCAGUAUCAUAUAUAUUAAACUUUUUCUCGUCGCUCGUCAACACGCAGCAAGCAUAAACAGCCAGGCACAAGUGGCAAUGCAUCUGUCAAGUUUCACAAGCAUGGCUCGAAUCAAGAACUUAGCCAUCAAAACCUUUUACGUAUAUCUUGUAUUCUUACUGUGUUAUUGUCCAUAUUUAAUCACCUUAACUCUGUUGCUAGUGAGUCCUCAGCCGAAUGCAGCUAUGAAGGGAGCCAUACAACUUACAACAGUUCUAGUGCUGCUCAAUUCAUCGUUAAAUCCAGUCGUUUUCGGUUGGAAAAUGAAAGAAGUUCGACAGAUUGUUAAGAAUGAUUUCCAAAAGUUCAUUUUUUGGAAAGCUGAAGAUGUGUAAUCGAGGGAACAUGCAGAAAAGUUUACGUUUCUUUCCGGCAUUUAACUAAGCGAAUAGGGUCCUGAGCGCUUCCGUAUGAAGUUAAAAUCAAAUGAGCUGACAUCAACGUUCAAUAAAAUUUAUAACUUAACCCAGUAAAGGACAGAGGACAUCUUUGCUCUCAAAAACAAAUUAUAUAUUUAAACAUGCUUUUUUUCUUUUUUAAAUUUAUAUCUCCUGAUUACUAGUUGUAAGUAAUCCGGUUUCAAUAAACAGUUGAGAAAAUGUAAUUUACAUUGAAGGCACACGCACGUUAGACUAGCAAAAAAAAGGAGGAGACAGACAUCGCAGGUUUAUGCUUAGUGCUUAUACCGCAAACGAUAUGCUUUUUUUAACUUUGACGGAACGUUCGUUCAUCCAAUGACAAGUAAUUUAUUAGCUUCCCAAAAGUAUUCUAAUUAGCUGUCAAGUUCUCCUUUUUAAUCAAAGCGGAUUAUUUAUAUUUGUUUACAGCCUUCCUUAGAAAAUCGUCUUUGCUAUUUUUAUUUUGUAAGUUGUAGAAGUUGUGCCCUGAAAAAAAAAAAAAUGACAUGAUAGUGGUAUCAUUCCUCCUUUAAAAAAAAAUUAGAAGCAAGUAGAGUUCCGCGCCAAAUAGCACUUUUUUUGGUAGUCAAAAUUCAGCUGGUUGAAGAUCUUCAGAUGGGAAUUAAUUACUAACUAUUUCUAGAAUUUCAAGUACAGGUGGUUGGAUGGAAAGGCUGAGAAAGAAAACUGAAGGAGACUAGGAAAAACCACUGUUGACGGGCAAAGUGAAGUUCGCUGGCUAAAUCACAGAAGCGUUAAGCCAGUUUAAUUUUUUAGCAGUUUUGUGUCCGUCAAGGGUUGGUGUAAGAGAUAGCGAUUCAGUGGGGAUUCGGCCGUAAAUUGCUUUAAAAACGCUUUUAUUAUGCGGUCGCGGAUUGAGUUCAAGAGGGGACAAAAGGCGGGUGUUUUAAUUACCCAUCUUAUUAAGCUGGAAGCUGGACUUCUUCUCCAGGUAGUGGGAAACAGCUUUUCUUUUGCCAGUAACUUCAAAAAGAGAAGGCCUCGUUUUAUAAUCAUGUUUCGCCAAUAACUGUCUUUGGAGGCCCCUGGAAAAUGGCCGAUCUUUUCGAUUUGUUUUGCUCGUAUUUUUAGUAUUGUUAUCAAUGAUUCCUGCUAAUCAGUGUUACUUUCCUAUUAAGCAGAAAAUGCAUUUAAGAAUAUUCAUUAUACAUAUCCGGGAAUUGAUAUCAUUGCUGCCUUUCUAAAAUGUCUUGUUGGAAUUAAACUAACACUUAGUGUACGCCAUUGUGAUAGCUGUUAAGACCUGUGAGAAUAAUUCAUUCUUAGUGAAGGGUUUUUUGCAUCUAGUCAAAAACAUUUGGUUUUAACUUUCGCAAACACCAAAGGUUUUUUUAUUUAGUCAAGAAUUUUUUCUCAACUCUAGAGUACUUACGCUGGCUUCCACCUCAAUCAAGAAUUUUUUUCAUCCGAUUGGGAUCUAAUAUUGAUCAAAAGCGUCAAAAGGAGCCCAUCAAGCAAUGCUUACUUUAGAACAUGGUCUCACCAGGAAGCUAAAUCAUUUGAUCUUAAUGUAGCUCAUUGUUUUGCACAGACCUAAAGUAUCUACUGUCGAACCUCUCUACUAUGGCCAACUUGGGGGCAGAAUAAAGUUGCUGUUUUGGAGAGGUGGCCGUUAUGCGGAGGUAAUGGUUUAAUAUGACAGUUUUUGUAGGGUCCGAGUACAACCUGUUAAUUGUGCCAAGUUCGACAUCCCACAAGGGUAAUCCAAUCAUAAAAACUUUGAUAUAUAGAGCUAAAAUCAGAUACAAAAAAAAUUUACAAAUCAUUUUUCGAAUCAAAACGUUUACAUGACCAAACCAGCAAGGCUCGCAACAUUCGCUAUAAGUUUUGCAGACAAUUUUUGCUUACUGUAGCAUUAUUAAAUGGAACACAAUCAAACGAUUGCCACGAUCAUCAACGCGCCAUACAGAUCAAAUUACGUAACCAUUCAGGACCUCAGUCGCUGAAAAAACUGGCCGUUUGGCGAGAGGUUAUUUUGGCAUUUGAGGACGCGCUGUAGUGGCUGUUGCGGUUGUGGAGAGGGUUAAACAAGAACCAAUGUAUGGACUGUCCGCCGGGACAACAAGAGAGUGACCGUUGUAGACAGGUGGUCGUUGUGGAGACGUGGCCGGCGUUAGCGGAGGUUCGACUAUAUAUUAUUUUCAAUAACUGGAAGAGUAGGUCACUAAAGUGGAAAAGGGGGUGACCUGAUCUUCCACCCCAGUGGACAAAAAAAUACACAGUUGGUUCUAAAACAACAGAACUGUGCAUUCAUGCGCAUGUCUUGGCUUCUCGGCGCUACGCGCUCUGUCAUUGUGGUAGAACACCUUGGAGUUCAGUUAUUAUUGCGUAGGACAUCAGGGGAACGCAACCUAGACUCAACACCCAAGAAUCCUGGCCACCCACAUUAAGCAGAAGGAAACUUGAUUUCUGGUAGUUCGGGUCAAUUACCGCAAACGGAAAUACACCAUAGACCUUGGACGUCUCGUUCCUAGAGCCUGUCGUUUCUUUAAGUCCCAUUCGAACGAGCGCUCAUAGUAACGGAUGCUGCUACUGUCGGAACCCUACUAUACCUCAUUGCUAAGAAGAUUAGCGAGAAAAUAAUUUUUCAAGCCGGCUACCUUCAAAUGUCAGUCUAUACGUGACGAAUUGCGGAUCUUUGGUGGUACUGAGUUCCACACUAUUUACCUUUAUAGGUAUAGCUGACAGCGCCGUGCGGCACAAAUGGAUGAGAUUUUAUUAUUUAAGGUUGUUGUUAAUCGUGUUGUUAUACUUGUGAGUUUCAGAUCUCUUUUGAAGCAUGUUUACCUGAUAGGUCAGUGCCUGGUUGGUCAUACACUUAAAUAUCUGUACAGCGUCUCUUAAAUCCUAAAAGAUUCAGGUACCGGAAGAAACUUUAAUUCUUUUAGUGUCGGUGAUAUAAAAUCAUAUUUUUCUUCCCUUUCGCCCAAUAUUAUAGUGUAGCGGCGAAGUUCUGAACAAGCUAAAGUUUAGCACUGGUCGAUUUGCUACUGCUCGACCACACAGGAGAACAGCUUCGUAAAAACAGGUGAGUUUAUUGAAAUAAAGAGCUUUGGUUUUGAAAAAAAAUUGGCGAAUUCCUCUUACCACCGCCAGCUUGCUCAUAAGUUGCAAGCUCAUUCUCUCUUGAGAAAACUAAUCAGUUAAACCAAGUAAGUUGAAUAAAUAUGCCUUUCUUUGGCAUCGAUUAUAUAUACAUUGAUGUUUAUCCACAGCGAUUUGAAAAUGGACCUUUUGGCAAAAUCGACCGAGAUUUAGCAUGUCUUAAGCUCACUUUAACUACGGUCAGGUGCGGCCACAGCUUCUGCCGCCCUAGUAGACAACAUGGCGACCAUCUUGUAGUGCUAUUUUGUGUCUAUUUUGCUUUAUAAAAACGUUCUCGGAAUGUUAGCAAUAAACAAACUUUACCGCUAUUUGCAUGUACUUUGAGACUAUAGUUCAUCUACUGUUUUAGCCACGUGGCGUGACUUUNUAGUGUCGGUGAUAUAAAAUCAUAUUUUUCUUCCCUUUCGCCCAAUAUUAUAGUGUAGCGGCGAAGUUCUGAACAAGCUAAAGUUUAGCACUGGUCGAUUUGCUACUGCUCGACCACACAGGAGAACAGCUUCGUAAAAACAGGUGAGUUUAUUGAAAUAAAGAGCUUUGGUUUUGAAAAAAAAUUGGCGAAUUCCUCUUACCACCGCCAGCUUGCUCAUAAGUUGCAAGCUCAUUCUCUCUUGAGAAAACUAAUCAGUUAAACCAAGUAAGUUGAAUAAAUAUGCCUUUCUUUGGCAUCGAUUAUAUAUACAUUGAUGUUUAUCCACAGCGAUUUGAAAAUGGACCUUUUGGCAAAAUCGACCGAGAUUUAGCAUGUCUUAAGCUCACUUUAACUACGGUCAGGUGCGGCCACAGCUUCUGCCGCCCUAGUAGACAACAUGGCGACCAUCUUGUAGUGCUAUUUUGUGUCUAUUUUGCUUUAUAAAAACGUUCUCGGAAUGUUAGCAAUAAACAAACUUUACCGCUAUUUGCAUGUACUUUGAGACUAUAGUUCAUCUACUGUUUUAGCCACGUGGCGUGACUUUGGGCAGUUUUUAUCUAAUCGGCCUUUAGGGCCUUACAUCUUGAAUGUAGUCGGCAUUUUAGUUUCAUUUGAAGUUGAAGAGGAAAUAGAGCAGUGCCUUGAACUGCUUUCGCCCCAUGGCCAACGGACUCAACCUCAAAUUAACUUUCUAGUCAAUUGUCAGUUAGUUUAAAAAGGUUAUAUGCAUUCCGCGCCGUGCUUUGUCUUUUUUAGUUCUGUACACGGUGAGUUUUCUUUUUGUUGCUGCAAACUAAAGAAUGGUUAGAUGAAAUUAGGUCUAGACAGAAAUGAAAAGAGAAUUGUCGUCUUAAUAAGAAUAGCUCAAACAAAUAAAAUAACAGCAGGUUGGCUUAAAAAAAGAAACUUUCUACUAAGUUAAAAAUAAAUAAAUUUAUCAAAAGAAGGACUGAAAUAAUGAAGCCAUUGGGGAGAAAUUCUCAAUCAAUUGCCUACUGUGAAAUCUCUCACUGAAAAUGACCAUUUUGAUAGCUUUGGUUUGUAAUGCGUGUUGCUAAUGAAAUUGAGAGGAUGAACAUGCCGGCCGGUUAAUAAAUUUUGCAAGUUAUUAAAUUCACGACAGCAUCAAAUAAAGUGACAGAUAAAAUCUCACAGUUAACUUGAACUUAAUAAUAUAAAUUCGCGACACAAAGAAGAUUGAACGUACGUUUCAAUUCGUAUUAAUUCAGUGUUAUGAUUCACAGCGUUACGAAAAUAAUACAGAUUCACCACCUUGCUAUUCCUCUCCUAUGGUUGCAGACCCUUGUUACUUCUUUCUAUUAUCUUAAAACAAGCCACAGGAUAUACGAAUUUCAAUUUCAAUUUUUCAUUUUGUAUUCCAGCUCCCUAUUAAGAACUUAUCAUAAUGCAAUCACUAUUAUUGCUGUAAAACACUUCUUCACUGAUAUUACAGCCUCAUUGCUAUGUAAACAAGUAAAUUAAAUCAGCCGCAAUGUAGCCUUCAUAUAAGAUUUCAGCAAUUGACAUUACCGCCAAAUUUUGCGGAAAACAGCGCAAAGAAAGAGCUGAAGAAAGCGUGUCGCACUCUGAUCUGACUCUGGCCUGACCAUCUUCUUUAAGGGCAAGAAGCGCAGUUAAAAAUGGAUAGUUCAUUACAAUUGUGCAAUGUUAUUCUGGAAAAGUAUUACGAAAGACCUGAAGAAUUGGACACACUGUUUAAGAUGAUGCUGGUAUUAAAUGGUUUGUUCUCUUUCACCGCAGUUCUGGGAAACUUGAGUAUAAUUUUCGCGCUAAAGAAAGCUUCAUCUAUUCCUUCCUCAACGCAGAUUCUUCUAAAGUGUUUAGCUGUAACAGAUCUUGGCAAUGGCGUUCUUGGUCACCCACUUUACAUGGCUGUUAUUUCAAGACUUCGACAAAGUUACACCUGUGAAAAUAACCACCAAAUUCUAUUAGCAUUUUUACUUAUAGAAACUUCGUUAUGUAGUGCCUCGUUCAUAACUGUAACCUUCAUCGGAGUAGACCGUUUUCUUGCAAUUUCCUUACAUCUUAGAUACAAUGAGCUAGUGACUCCAAAGCGAGUAGCUGCCACAGUGCUCGCGUCGUGGAUAGUUGUUUUAGCUACCACUAUCAUAAGUGCCUUCUGGUUUUUGAAUAUUGGGGAGAUGUUGAUCCUUAUUAACGGAUAUAUCAGCACUCUUCUAGUCAGCAUCAUAUACAUUAGACUUUUUUCCGUCGCUCGCCGACACGUAGCAAGUAUAAACAGCCAAGCUCAAGUAACAGCGCAUCUGUCAGGUAUCAGAAAAAUGACCAGAAACAAGAACUUAGCCAUCAAAACGUUUUAUGUGUUUGUUAUAUUCUUGCUGUGUUACUGUCCAUACUUAAUCUGUUUAACAGUGUUGUUACUCAGUUCUCAGCCCAAUGCGGCGAUAAAGGGAGCCGCACACCUAACGUUGGUUUUAUGGAUGCUUAAUUCAUCGUUAAAUCCAGUGGUGUUCGGCUGGAAACUAAAAGAAGUUCGUCAAAUCGUUAAUAAUGAUUUCAAAAAAUUAUUCCUUGUAAAUCGAACG